AUGCAGUCCACCUCCGUCACCCCACCUCCCAACCCCACCCCGCCCGCAGCAGACAUGGACGAGGAUGAUGACGAGAUCGUCUUCGUCAGCGAUAACCUGCGCACUCCCUCCAAGAACAAGGCCGGUCCAUCCGCUCCCUCCGGCGCCACCCCUUCGCCUGCCAAGAAGCGCCGUGUGGCCAAAAUGGAAGAUGACGACACCGUUGCGACCCCCAAGAAGCGCCGCUUGGCCAAGAUCGAAGACGACGAGACCCUCGAGACCCCCAAGAAGCGCGGCAAGAAACGCGAGCGCACCGAGGAGGACGAGUUGACCGACGAAGGACUCGUCAGCGACGAGCUCAAGGUCGCAGCUGGUGUCAAGGACGAGAAGAAAGUCGCUGGUGCGUCUGCUUCGCCUGCAGGCGGCUCGCCUACGAAGAAGCGGGAGCGUCGAAACUUCACUCUCGAAGAGGACAAACUCAUCAUCCAGCAGUGGGUUCCUUCCCUCCGCUCGUAUGCCAUCAACGGCGUGGACCCGUCAUAA